CAUCCCCGUCUGUCGAACAGUUCGGACCAGUCAUUCGGCUCCCAGGCCUUUCACUUGGUCACACGAGCCAAUCCGGUUUUCGAGCUCAACAGUCCACCGGCCAGUUUCUUCGAGGCACAUGGCGGCGGCUGGGCCGCCGGGCUGUCGCGACGCCAUACUCGUGAUCCCGGCUUGGAUCUGAGCAGUUGGCCAGUCUCUACCACGAGACUUCCAGCUGAAAUCGGUUCCACCGGCCCUGUCUCCUCAAUGGGACUCGGCUACCUAGGUGACCUGGCCCCUCAGGACGGCCUCGCCGGUCUUUCUGCCGCCUGCCUCUACAGUCGAUCCACGGGACUCAUAGAGCCCGUCGGCAAGUUUGGAGUGGCCAUGCUGCCUGUAGGCCAUGACCAACAGCAGUUGGACGGCUUGGCGCAACACAGACAGCCUCAUCAUCAUCAACAGACUCUGCGCCGAUGCCUCAGCCUCCUGGCCGACCAGCCAGUACCGAUUUCUCUGGCCCAAGCAUCCCAACCCGCGGCCUUGCCCGAGGUCGGCGGCUCCCUGACGAUGCUGCCCUCUUCGUUUGUCUGGCCGCCGUCGGCUUCCGGCAGCCGCGAUCUCCUCCGACCCUCGCCACAGAUACCCGCACACCUUCUCUGCUACUGGCAGCAGAGGCAACUGCAACCCCCUCUUCAGCAGGGGCACUAUGACGCCCAACAGAAGCCUCACUUCCUCUCCUCCCCGUCUGUUGGUGUUGGACAGCCGGCACCUCUGACGCUCGGCCAGUACUUGACUGCCGGCCUGACUGGCCACCUCCGGCUUCCUGGCGUCUGGCAGCAGCAGUCUGUCGCGAUGCCAACUGCUCUUCCGCUCAACUCGGCCAACAUUCACCAUCCCCUGAGGCUGACCUCCUUGCCAGCCUCGACGUUGGCUGUGGACGGUGGGGAGACUUGUGUCCUCGGGGCUGACGACCAUCUUCUCACCAGCCCCUCGUGCCUUUCGCUGAACGCCGGGCCGCCGUCAGUCUGCGCCGAGUUGCUGUGCGCAGAGAACCAGGCCGGCGAUGACGCCUACGAUCUGCCGGUGAGUCCGUUGCUGUCCGAAGUGGCCGGAAUCGUGGGACCCAACAAUCAAGUCGCCACGUUGAGUCGUCCGACGCCGAUCCAGAAACCGGGCGCUCUGGCAUCGCCGGCUCCCGUUUGUCAGGACUCCGUUGCCCGCAGUGAUUGCCCACAUUCGCCCGACCGGCAAAUAGGCUCCAUCCUGACCGGCCACAAAGAGGGCCUUGCCGCCGACUCCAAUCUCUUUCCAGCCUCACUCGGCUUCCUGCAACAAUCACAAGUCGGCAGUAGCGUUGAUGGCUUCUGGGCAGUCACGGCGACAACGGCCAGUCCGGCCACGCGAGACAGCGGUUUCACAGAGUCUCCGUUUAUCUCCCUCGUGUUCUCUACUGCUGCAGGCCUGGUCGGCUCUAGUGAGCCGACGGCUCCUCUUUUUUCCGUACCUUGUGGCCCUUUUUUCAAAGAUACCUCCACGCUGAGCAAACAGCCCCGUCUGGAGGUGGUCAACGGUCACGUCGAUGACCUGGUAAGACAUCUUCUGGCCUGUGCACUUUUACUCGUAGGACCAUUCAUCUUCAAAACAUUCAGAAUGGAUAUCCGUGAUCUGCAUCAUCGACUUGUUAAUACUCAGCCUUUAUAG